AUGUCCUCCGCCCACUCCCCUUCACGCGACCCGGUCGUCCUCUUUACGCUCCGCUUUUGGCCCUUCUCAUCUAAUCCGCCCUCUUCUACUCCAUCCCCCGACUCUGAUUCGCCCGACGCCCCCAAAAAGCCAAAGCCAUGGCUCCCCAAAAACAUGUUCUCAUCCUGGGCUUCUGACAACGCCCAUCACUUUUCCGUCUGCCCUGACUCCAUCCCACUCCCGUCCGAAGCCUCCGUCCUUGUCUUCAAUGUUUUCAGACAAAACCGCAAUCGCAGCUCCGGCCUCAUCCCCGUCAUCAGCGUCGACCCCUUCCGCCCCUAUGCCCUUCUCACCGUCUCCAUUGACUCACAAAAACUCUGCCGGUUCGGCGAAAUCGUCAAGCCGUCCAACUCCCUACGUCGCCUGCUCGGCCACGUCGUUGACUUAGUUCCGCCUCUCUCGGAAACCUCCACGUCGCUUGCUCCCUCCCGCGACCCGUGCGGCUUCGUAGGUUGCGGUGGUGCUUGCCGUCCAGUCCCGCCCGAGGGCCUGCGCGAAGCCUUCCAUAUGGAGAACGUGUUCCGCCAGGUCACCAGAGACUCUUCUUCCCACAAUCGGACAGAUGCCUCAAGCCCCAAGUCUGUAUCUCCCUCAUCUUUGGGUCCUGCACCGCUUCCCGGGAGGACACGCUGCGCGGGAUGGCUUAAUCUGCCAGAGGAAGUGCUGCACCUAGUUGUCUUGCACCUGCGCCCGAAGGAUUGCAUCGCCUUGUCCAACGUGAAUGAAGAGCUUCACGAUUUUAUGAAGCCAUUUGUGCCGGGCCUUUUGCUGCGACUUUUUCCGCAUCAGGUCGAUUCGCUGGCGCGCAUGAUCAGCAUGGAAGAACGGAGGCCGGCCAGUGUCUCUAUGUCCAUGCUACAUCGUUUCGAUGUUCCCAGACUGCCAAACGUUUGCGUGGUGGCGGACAUGACGGACGGGACGUUGAUGAGGCUUGCGCAGAUGCCACAGUUGGAGGCGCCGAGAGGGGGGCUGUUUUGUGACGAGCCGGGUCUUGGGAAAACGAUUACGGCUCUGAGUUUGGUGCUGAAGACGCUCGGGCAAAUGCCCCGUCCACCAGAUGGGCGAGUGAUGGAAACUGUGCCCCGCCGAUACGGUGAGGGCGAUGUUUCUAUAUAUAGGGAGGUCGCGGUCGGCCGAUAUUGUGCAUACGGAGAAGAGUCAGCUGUUCCAAAUCAAUCACGGCGCGGAAGGCUUUUUCCGUUUUCGGACGUUGACAAGAGACGCUCUUCCAAUCGCCGCGUGAGGAGACCUGACUUUCACAAUCCUGCGGUAGGUCAGGGAUCUGUCCCUUUUAUAUCUGAUAGAGAGAGUGAGGUGGUAUAUCUUUCGCGGGGGUCUCUUAUUGUGGUACCUCCUGUCCUAACAUGGCAUUGGGAGGAGCAGAUUUCUAUGCACGUCCGAGAAGGUGGGCUUAGAGUUCUGCAUGUGAAGCGAGUCCGUGACUUACCAGAAUCUGCUGAGGAACUAGCGACCGACUACGAUGUUGUUAUGACAUCUUUCAACGUUAUUGCGGAAUUGUCAAAUUCAAUCCGAGCGACAGCGCCACUAUUGAUGAGGGUCCGGUUCUUGCGGAUUAUAGUUGAUGAAGGACAUAAGCUUUCUGGUGGAAGUUUGUCGUUAUUUGCACAUGCUUGUGAAAGGCUUCGCGCUGAACGAAGAUGGGUGAUGACUGGAACUCCGACGCCAUCAACUGCCCGAUGCGAUGUCGACCAUUUAUAUCAUUUACUGAGAUUCAUUCGAGAUGAAGAGUAUGGGUUGGACAAAAAGGCAUGGCUAGUGGGCAUACGUGAGCCUUUCUCGCAAUACUAUCCUCAAGCUUUAAAACGACUUCAACCCGUGUUACGCCGUGUCAUGAUUCGGGCAGACAAGUCUAUGCUCACGUCACGAUGCCACAUCUCUAAUUCAAUUCUUGACUUCACAAAAGGGACAGCUGCUGACUACAAUUGGCUGGUGAGCCUUACGAGAAGGAACUUACUUACAGCAGAUUGGUUCAGCGAGACCCACAAGGAGUCGCUGCUGAACAAGAACAAUUUGGGAGAAGCACAACUUGCCAUUAGAAAUUUACGGAUGGCCUGCUGCUACGGCGGAACGAAAGACGCUAUGUUUGACGCUUCUGAAGUGAUUGACACAUUGAAUGAACUAUAUGAAAAGUACAUGGAGAAGGCUCACAUACACCCAAAUGAUCGAUUUGAUUGCCCAAGUACAGACUGGCCCCUCCUGACACGUGAUGGUGUCUCGGGGGAAAAGGAAAUGGAGCUUCAGAGAAGUCUGUAUAAGAGAGCUGAUAUGUGGGAUGAACUUGCAGGAUUUUCACACGACUUCUUGCGGUUGACGAGGCACUACAAGAAUCCAAAAGAUGGAGUGCGCUUUAGGACACGUAUUUAUUCGGGUAUACUCAAUGACAUUGGGAGAAGCUUCCUUGAGAGAGAGGCGCACUGCGCUCGAUGUCACGUGUUUACGUCAAUUCCGAUGGUAACGCCAUGUGGGCACUUGCUGUGUGAAGAGUGCGUUGCCCUCGACAAAGAGAAAUGUACCGCACUACAUUGCGGGGUGGCAUACGACCUCGACAACAAGGAAAAUGUACCCGAAGACUUGAUCGAAUUGCAGCCGGCUGCAUAUUCACCGGACGAUUUUAAAGCCAAAUGGGAUACCAACUGGGGUCCGAAAAUGGCGCACCUCGUGGACAGAUUACGCAACUUGCCCCGUGAGGAGACAUGGUUCCCAGGUGAAAGUGAACCUCGGCAAAUGCGACCGAAAGUAAUUAUUCACAGUACAAUAACAGACCACUUGAAAUUCGUUGCGGUGACCCUGAAAGAAUGCGAGGAUUUGAAGUAUUCGUACAUUGAAAUGUUCAAGAACACGCGAGAGAUGGAUCCGAAUCUUAAAAUGAUUAAGAGCGCAUCGGAAUUUGCAAGGCAGAGCGUAAGGAUGUUUGCGGAGGAUGAAGAACGAAAUAUUCUUCUGUUGAGCUCAAAACAUGGAUCAGUCGGGCUUGACUUGAGUUUUGUGCAGUACAUUUUUCUGCUUGAGCCAGUCUGGGAUGCAUCGAUGGAAUUACAGAUCAUCAGUCGUGCCCAUAGAAUUGGAUCAAAACGCGACAUUUACGUUGAAAGGCUGGUGAUGAAAGGAUCUGUGGAGCAUGAGCUGCUGCAGGACCUUGAUAGUGAGACGCAGAUUGGGCUAGAGAAGUUUGGAGGGGCAAGGAGUCAUGAGGAUCUGUCACGCGUGCGGUCGAUUCUGCGGAAUUUGAAACCGGUGUGUGCCCCGGCAAUGAAGGUACAGGUGAAUGGAAGAAUUUUGCCAAAGAAGAGGCAGAGUUGUGGCGAUGAGGUGGAAGUUGCUGAGAAUGAGAAUAGCCGAAGUGUUCGCUUCAGAGUGACAGAGAAUUACUAGUUUGAUACGCAGUUUGAUAUGUACAAGUUUUACCAUACAAUUUUGACAUCGGCCAAUUCGGCCAAUGUAGUUGAAAGCGGCGUUACGAAUGCGGUAUAGAAGAGCUGCAUAUUUCCAUUGCCUGGAUCGUUGCCGCUUACAAUUCGGGCAAGGCGGGUGCGCAGGCAGAAGGGCAACAUCUUUGUGUAUCUUGCUUGUUAAUGUACAGAACCUUCGGGGUGACUACUGUGGACGUGAAACACCACAGUGUACCGUAAAGUAUGACGUGUUGCACUAAGUGCUCUACAGCA